AUGAUUCCCACAUCAUGCAGGACAACGGACCACAAUUGUGAGGGUGCACAUAGCUUGCCGAGUGCCGAAGAACUGCAGAAAAACAUUCAAGAAACCAAGAACAACCCACCGGGGAGCGGCACGAAGCCACAGAAAGAUAUUAAAACACCUCCGAAACAGUCUGCUCCAGCAAAAGUGUUGAAACGAAAGAGCACAGCGAAAUCAAAGGCUGAAGGUAAUCAAGCUAUAGCAAAGCUCGAAGAUCAAGGGAACUGGUCAGAUGAAGACACAAAGUUGUUACUAGAGACUCUCCUUGGAAGCGACAGCCAGCUCUAUGAAAAGUUAAUGGUGAAUGCAAAGUAUGUUUAUAAGAAGGUAGCAUCAACAGUAUUCAAUGGCCGUCGCAGUCCAGAAUCAGUGAGGGGUCGUUAUGAACGACUGCGGAAGGUUUUUUCGUAUAUUCUCAAUUUUGAGUCGAUGACUGGAAAUGGUGGGGGUGAUCCAGAUGUUGACGAGCUUGAUGACAAGAUUGAAAAUGCACGGACAGCGGGAAAAGAUGUUGGAACACUGUCUGGUGCCAUGUUAAAGAAGUGGUACGUGGAAGGAUGGUAUAGCUUAUUUAAUGAGCGACUCGGCGAACACCCAGGUCUUGUGCGAGAAGAAGAAUUCCGUUCUGGGACGAUUUCUGAUGCCAUCAUUGAAAUCGGAGAUAGCAACAAUGAGAGCAACAAAGGUGAUACUAGUGAUGAUGGAUUCAGCUCAGAUGAAAGCAGCAAGAAGACCACAUGA